UGUACAUACCAGAAGGGCCAUGGUACUGUCCAGAAUGCACUAUUAAUAAAAUGGGACCAACUAUCACGGUGGGAACAUCACUUAAAGGAGCAGAAGUGUUUGGCAUUGAUUUGUAUGAACAAAUCUUCUUGGGUACUUGCAAUCACUUGCUGGUGCUCAAGGCUUCUCCCAGUGCGGAAAGACAUGGUAGAUUUUACAAUCUGAACGACAUUCCAAACGUCAUGCAUGUGCUCUUAUCAUCUCCAGAACAUACUGCUAUAUAUUCCAGGAUAUGCAACGCAAUUUUAUUGUAUUGGGAUAUCCCAGAAAUUAUUGCAUUUAUCCAUAAAACAACUGAAAUUGUUGCCAACAUGGCAGACAUGCAGACAAAUGAGAUUACUUCUUUAUUGCCUCUGUUCUCCAAGGAAAGCCUCGAAGCAUCGGGCACAGUUGAGGCGGAGAAUGCAAUUAGUUUCACUGAAUGUCACUCAGAUAAUGUUGCAAAGUCAUGUCCUGGUACCUCCAUCAACACCAUGACUCAAGCCAAUUAUGCUAGUAAUACAGCUAGAUCACAGGAUUACCCUCCAACAAAUUCAGUGUUACCUGUCCAGAAUAAAAUGGAAUGCACCAUGACUUCUGGUUCAGUUGGACUGCAGGCUGAUCCAUCUGACCUCAGCUGCCAAAGUUUGGUCAACAGGCCAAUUACUGAUUGUACUAAAAAUGCUUCAGGUGACAGCAAUAACAGCUGUGGAGAAGAAAACAGUAUGCUUUUCCCAGUGAGUAUAUCCUCUGAAAUCAAGGCGGACGAUUGUGCAGGUCUUGGAAGCAGUAGCAGGAAGUUAGCCAAUGAUUGUGCAUACAUGGGAUUCAGCUUUAAGCCUAAGGCAUACGUGAAUCACUAUGCAAAUGGGGACUUUGCUACAUCUGCCAUUGUUAAUCUCACUUCUCUUUUAUCAGAAGAAAGUCAUGUUUCUGAGUCUCAAAAGUCUGGCAAUGCCAGAAAAUUUGCCGCUAGUAAUAUUGCACUGCAGACAAAAGCAUUUUCCUCGGCAGCCUCACGCUUUUUUUGGCCAGGUUUUGAAAAGAAGGACAUUGUGAGGGAGAGGUGUGGUUGGUGUCAUUCUUGCAAGCUUCAAGCAUCGAGUAGGAGGGGAUGCAUGUUAAAUGCAGCUGUCACAAAUGCCACCAAAAGUGCUACAAAGAUCUUCAAUAGCCUUCUUUCUUUAAGUAAUGGAGACAGCUAUCUUGCUAGCAUUGGUGUAUAUCUUUUAUACUUGGAGGAAAGUUUACGUGGUCUUGUAGCCGGUCCCUUUUUGAAUGGAAGUCAUAGAAAGCAGUGGCGUAAACAAGUAGAGGAGGCUACAACAUGCAGGGCAGUGAAAGUUCUCUUGCUUGAACUUGGUGAAAACAUCUGCAGCAUUGCUCUUUCUGGGGAUUGGUUUAAGCAAGUGGAUGAUUGGCUUGUUGAAUCUUCCAUCAUUCAAAGUGUAUCAUGCACUGCAGGAACAACGCAGAAACGUGGACCAGGUGGGAAACGACAAAAGAAACAAUCUGAAGUAAUAGUUGAUGGUUGCAAUCAUGAUAGCUUUAGCUGGUGGAGAGGAGGCAAGUUAUCAAAGCAUAUACACCAGAAAGCAAUUUUGCCACGCUCAAUGGUUAGGAAAGCAGCUCACCAGGGUGGCGUUCGAAAGAUAUCUAGCUUUACUUAUUCUGAUGGUUCUGAGAUUCCUAAAAGAAGCAGACAGUUAAUCUGGAAAACAGCAGUUGAGAGGAGUAAGAAUGUAUCACAGCUUGCAAUGCAGGUUAGGUAUCUAGAUAAUCAUGUGAGAUGGGGUGAUCUUGUCCGUCCAGAGCAGAACCUCCAGGAUGGAAAAGGUCCAGAGACGGAAGCCUCUGCUUUCAGGAAUGCUAAUAUUUGCGGCAAGAAGAUUGUUGAUAGCAAGAUUAUAUAUGGAGUCUCUUUUGGGAACCAAAAGCAUGUCCCAGCAAGAGUUAUGAAAAAUAUCAUUGAUGUUGAGCAAAGUCAGGAUGGAAAGAACACAUAUUGGUUUAAUGAAAUGCGUAUUCCUUUAUAUCUGAUCAAGGAGUACGAAGAACGGUUCCAUGAAGUGCUUUUGCCAUCAAUUAAGAAGUUCUCAGAUGGACUAUCUAAGCUACAAAAAAGGCAGUUGAAGGCUUCCCGACGGAAUAUAUUUUCCUAUCUUACAUGCAAGAGAGAUAAGUUAGAGCAGUGUUCUUGUGCUUCAUGUCAACUUGAUGUCUUACUUAGGAAUGCGGUCACGUGCAAUGUAUGCCGAGGUUAUUGUCACAAGGACUGUACUUCAAGUUCAAUAUGCACAAAUGGCAAAGUGGAGCUCUUCAUCACCUGCAAGCGUUGUUACCUUGUCAAAGCUAAUUCACAAAGGGAAAUAAGGAAUAAGUAUCCAAACACUCCGUUGCCGCUGAGCAGACAAGAGCAUAGCAGUAUUAUUACAGGCAGCAAAGGCACACAGCUUAAAGGUUUUAAUCAGCCAUUAGCAUCUGUAGGAGCUAAAGUGAAUCAUUCUGAAAUUAAACAAUCGACCUCUGACCCUAGCCUGGGGACAAAAAGUCGACGUAAGCUUUGUUCUUGGGGUGUCAUAUGGAAAAAGAACAAUGAAGACUCAGGCAUUGCUUUCAGGCAGGCAAACAUUCUUCUAAAGGGUAGUUCAGACAAGCAUCUUUUGGAGCCUGUUUGUGAUCUGUGCCUACAGCCAUAUAAUUCUACCUUGACAUACAUUCAUUGUGAAAUGUGCAAUAAGUGGUACCAUGCUGAAGCAGUUGAACUUGAGGACUCCAGAAUUUUGGAUGUGAUAGGUUUCAAGUGCUGCAAGUGUCGUAGAAUAGGCCCACCAGAGUGUCCUUACAUGGAUGCUGAACUCAGGGAGCAAAAGCGAAGAAAGCGGUGCAUGAGGGCUCAAAAACAAGGGCAAGGAAACAUUAGAGUGAUUUUCGAUAGUAGAAACAUGUCUGAACCUAAAGAGUCAAAACCCGUAUCUCCAGUCUGUCCAUCAGAGGAUGUAUUUGUUCCAGAUGAUGAUCCACUCCUUUUCUCUCUCUCAAAAGCUGAGCAAGUUACAGAGAACAAUUUGGAUUCUGAGUGGAAUGCUGAUUCGGGUCCAGGGCUGAAGAAACUGCCAGUUAGAAGGCAUGUGAAACGUGAAGGCAAUGUGGAUAGCCUUUCCGGGAGUAAUCUUUUGCAUUUUGAACGAUCUAAUUGUAAUGAAACAGACGAUCUUGUGCAAUCUAAAGCGCAACCAUUUUCCAUUGCCGAAUGGGAUGUUUCUAGUACUGGCCUUGAAAGUGAUAUGAUGUUUGACUAUGAAAGUCUUAACUACGAGGACAUGGAGUUUGAACCUCAGACUUACUUCUCUUUCACAGAGUUGUUGGCUCCUGAUGAUGGUGACCAGUGUGGUGGAGUUGAUGUGUCUGGGGAUGCAUUGGGAAAUAUUGAACAUCAAUCUUGUUCAAUUUCCCAUGGGGUCAUGGAACAAUCUGGAACUGGUAAUUGUAAUCAGCAAGAGUCAACAGUGUCUGAGAAGUCCAAUGCAAAUCUUGUUCAGUGUCAGAUAUGCUUACACAUGGAACCAGCUUCUGAUCUCUCUUGCCAGAUUUGUGGGUUUGUGAUGCACAGUCACUGUUCUCCAUGGGAGGAGUCAGUAUCUUCCCAAGGAAGCUGGAGCUGUGGUCGUUGCCGGGAGUGGCGCUAGCCAACUUGUCAUUUGUAGUAUGCAAUUUUUGUAUGUUUUCCUGAGAGGCAGUUUCUAUUGGACGAGGGUUAUUCACUUAGGUAAAUGUGACAAGGUUCUGACAGUAUAGAAGGGAUGUAUGUCCAUUGUUAGAACAGAGGCUAGAAUUAGAAAUUAGUUCUACCCUGGUUGAAGUUGGAGAACUUCGUUGAAUACCCUGGCAAAGCUUCUGGAAGCAAAGCAUUUUCUGCAAUUUUGAGGUAAUUUGCUCUUAAUAUUGCCUAUGCGAAAUGAUUGCUUCCUUCAGCUACAUUUUGUCCUAUAAUCUGCUAAUGGUAGGUUUGCAAGAGCUGUCGCUUGAAUGUCUGAUGGUAUUGUAAGUGGUUUUCCGAGUGUUGAGCAAUAGCCAAAAUAGAUGAAGAUGGUUCCCUAAAAAGAAAUAUUUCAGAAGCUUAAGAUAUCUUGGAAGGUAAGCAAGUUUUUGUUAUGCUUAUCCGACUGCAAUUAUUUGUACAGAUUAGACUUGGUCAUGAUUCACAUGACAUGACCUUAACAAAGUGUUUAAGAUCAUCGUCAAUUAAUGGGAACCCAUAAUUCAUUUCA